UUCUCCAAAUACAAAUUUUUAACCAAAAUUGCUAUCCAUAAAUUAAUUUUGUAGAAUAGAUUUGCUCCAAAAUUUUUUUUACUUUAUGCAAAAUAUUAAUAAUUAGUUAUUUUCUUGUCUUCUUUGUCAUGAGGAUAAAGUGACUUUAUAGGUCUUCAGUUCUCUCCCACAGGUUAUAUUAUCCGAGUAUAGUGUAUUUAAUAGUCUCAUGUUACAAACACGAAUCAGGGAGAACCGGUAUUAUAUAUAUAUUUGCUUUUAUAUUAUGCAUUUGUUGUGAAACUACGAAGAAAGAAUCAUGAAUCGUGAGAGAAUUCCAUUAUUAUUUCGUGACAAUAAUAAUAAUACAGGAUUGUCAGUGUUUUUUGCAACUCUUUGUAUUAUUGAUAUUUUUGGAGUGUUUCCUAUUAUUGCCCUACCAAGAGCAAUUGUACAGUGUGGUUUUUAUGGAAUUCCUUUGGUAUUAGUGGUAUUUGGACUUCAAAUUUAUACAGCAUUUUUACUUGGAAAAUCAUGGACCAUUGCAACAGCAUUAGAUCCUCAUAUUUCGCGAAAAAAUCGUUAUCCAUUGGCUGCUGUAACGGAAUUAACAUUAGGACCAAGAGCUCGAAGUCUAGUUACAUUGCUUUUGGAUCUUACAAUUUUUGGCUGUGGAAUACCAAAUCUAUUAGUUGCUUCACAAAAUCUGCAAUUAUUUGGAUUAAAAGUAUCAAAUAAUGAAUUUGAUUUGUCCUUUUGCUAUUGGUUAAUUGUUGUUGGCUUAUUUUUAUGUCCAAUUAUGUGGCUUGGAAGUCCUCGUGAUAUGAAAUGGGUGGCAUGUCUUUCGGCAUUGUCUGUAAGUUUAACAGCUGGUAUUGUAUGGUGGUGUAUUAUUGAUGAUAAUUCACUAAAUAUUCGUCCAAUUCCAACAUCACCAACUUGGGAUAAAUUUAUUUCAGGAUAUGGAAUGUUGGCUUUUCAAUUCGAUGUGCAUCCAACUUUAAUGACCAUUCAGGUUGAUAUGAGACAACCGCAAUAUAUAAACAAAGCUGUUAUAUAUUCUUUCAUAGUAAGCAGUGGUUUGUUUGGUGUUACUACCAUUUUGGCUGGUUGGAAAUACGGUGGUGGAAUAACAGCAAAUGUUCUUCAAUUAAUUCCACCGAGUUAUGCAAUAAGAGCAGCUAUUUUAAUAACUGCACUUCAAUUAUGCCUUUCAAGUGCACUUGGACAUUCUGCACUUUUUCAACAUUUAGAAGAUCGAUGGCAAAUUCAAAGAUCAUUUGGAUGGAAACGUUGUGCAUUACGAUCAGCAAUUGUUUUUUUGGGUGUUGCUGUUGGUGAAUCUGUGCCACGUUUUGAUAUUGUUAUGUCAUUAAUUGGUGGAACAUUAACGGGACCAUUGGUAUUUAUAUUACCGCCAAUAAUUUAUAUUCGUUUAUUGUCAUUAAAAAAACAUGCCGCGGGAAGAUUAUCAACGCCAAAUAUAUAUUCAAGUUAUCGACGUGAAUCACAACAGGAAAUUUUAUAUGAACCAAAAGCACAUUCACAAUCAAUUUAUUAUGGUUUUCCUGAUGGUAAUAAAAAUCCUUAUCGUUAUGCCUAUAUUUAUUAUGAUAAAGAACAACAAAAUUCAACUGAAUUAACUGAUGUUGAUGAUGAUGAUGAUAAUGAUGUUUUACAACCGGGAUUUUCUAAAGAUGAUUUACAAUUAACAUGUAAAAAAACAAAUGAUCGACCAAUAUUAAUUGAAGCUAGUCGAAUUAAUAGACGUAGACGUGUAAUAUCCGUUGAAGAGCCUGGUGGUUUAAGAAAUUAUUGGAAUUUUUUCAAUUCUUUUGGAUAUAUUGUUAUUAUUUUUGGAAUUUUAAUUACCGUUUCUUCAACUUAUAUUAAUGUUAAGAAUACCAUUAGAUAUGUUACUUUUACACCACCUUGUAUAUUUAAUGUUACAUCAGCGUUUACUACUUUAAAUAUUUCACAAACUUAGGAGGACUCUUUUUAUUUUCUUUUAUAUAUGUAAAUAAAAUACAGAUUUUUUAAUUCUCAAAAUUAAUUUAUUGCAA